AUGCAUGCUGCGGAAAAUAAAGUACAAGAGAAACCGAUAGAGAUUUUUCCAAAGAAACCGGUAGAUAUUUUUCCAAAGAAGCGUCUCCGUGAUUCCUUUAUAGAUGAAGAAGAGAAGGAAAAGUACUAUGCAGUGCAGGACAAAAGACGAAGGUUGGCUCAAAUUACGGAGAUCAAGGCGGCAGAGGAAAAAGAAUAUGGGAAGUGCGAUAGUGAUGCAAGUGCUACCGAAGAUGAAGCUCCCGUUUUUGUUGUUCAUAAUGUCAGUGACAUCUACACUACAUAUUCAGACGAAGAUGCAUCUGACCUAGAAGAGUCACUUGAAGAUUUUCGUGAAGAUGAGAUUCUUGGGUCAGAUGAAGGGGAAGAGGGAGAGGGGUCUGAUGAAGAUGAAGAGUCUGAUGAGGAGGAAGAGUACUGUGACGAGGAGGAAGAGUGUGAUGAGGAGGAAGAGUGUUCUGAGAAAUCGGAAUCUGAUGAUUCUGAUUCCGAGUGA